AUGCCGAAAGCUUUAAGUCUCAAAAAAGUACAGAAUGGUGCAGUAAAAAACCAAAAACCGAUAACACAAUUUUUUAAAACUACUCAACAGCAGUGCAACGAAGAAUCGCAAAAUAAAUAUCAAAAAUCAGAGAAGUUUGACUUAAAGUACACUAAAAGAAAAGCAUCAUCUCCCUCUAAAAUACAGCCAAGUGUCGCAAAUCCUCUUAAAAAAUGUAAAUUAGAUAACAGCUUUGAGAAUGGACAAUUUAUUGAAGUGCCUGACAAUAAAACAAGCUCAGUUUCAGAAUUGAAAGGAAAUUGUAGUAAAUUGUAUGCAAAAGAAAAGGAGAAUGAUGUCAGCAAUAUUAGUGAAGAUGGGAUUGUUGAUAAUGUUUUAAAACCAAAUAUGAAGUCCCCUCCUAUAAGCCCUAAAGCUAGGAAAAUUAUGUCACCUGUUGAAUUUGAAAAUGAAAAAGCAUCUCUGUCUGGAUGUACUGAAAAGAUGCAAGAGUUCUCAGAAAAUGAUAAACAUUUGGAUUUGUUUGAAGAUGAAUGGGACCAUAAUUUAGAGAUUGAGGAUCAUUUAGAUUUAAGUGUAAUGCAAAGGUGUAAGAUUAUUUCUAUCGAAAAACUGUCACAUAAAUUAAAAUUAAAACUUCAAAAUGAUAACAACAAUACAGGUGCCUGUAUUGUAGAAGGUGUUUGGUUACACACACCAUUAGAGGCAGGGGAGAUAGUAAGUAUAAUAGCAUCGCGCGACGCUUCAGGCCAGUUCAGCGUGAACAACACGUCUGGGCUGCUGGUGCUGCGGCCGGACCACCUCAUCUCCACAACAAACGUCGUGGCCGGCGUGUUCUGUAAACGGAAGGCUGUGCUGCAAGAGCGAUGGCGAGGAAUCGAUUCGGCUAAUACUGCGAUGACAUUAGGUAUUCUAGUCCAUGAAUUAGUACAAAAAGCUUUUAUGAAUAAUAUAUCAAAUAGGACUCUAUUGGGCGUAGAGGCUGAUAGUUUAUUAAAGGACUCAAUUCAAAUGUUAUAUAACUCAGGAAUUAAUGAGGCUGAAGCGCGAUCAAAUAUGGAAUUGUAUAUAGGGCCACUGGCUAAAUUUAUGGAGACGUAUGUCGUUAACAAACCAAAGAAUAUGGAUUCUGGUAAUGGUAAAUGGAAUGGUUUUGUAGAUAAAGUUCUAGACACUGAAGAAAAUGUUUGUUGUCCACAGUUAGGAUUGAAGGGAAAGAUUGAUGCUACCUUACAAGUUACUAUACAUGAAAAACGAAAAUGUCAGUCAGCAACAGUGCCCCUGGAGCUGAAGAGCGGGCGCGCCACGGAUUCGGUCGAGCACCGCGGCCAGGUCGUGCUGUACGGCAUGAUGCUAAGCCUGCAGCGGCGGGAGGACCCCGCCCGCGCGGCGCAGAGGGGAUUUCUCUUGUAUUUGAAAGAGUGCGUGGACCUGCGUGAGGUGAGCUGCGGCUACCCGGAGCGGCAGGGGCUGGCCGCGCUGCGCAACGAGCUGGCUCUGCACCUGGCGCCGGGCCCGCGCGCCCUCGGCGACCCCGUUGAUAUAGAAGACGCGUCGCGAGUGCUGCAGCAGAGCUUGCCGGAGCCGGUCGACCGUCACAACGCUUGCUCUAAGUGCGCUUACUUAACCAUCUGUUCCUUACAUUUAUGGCACACCAAUGGUCCAAAGGUGUCAGAAACUCAUCCUCUAUCGAAGUUAAAAGAAGAAUCUCUGGGCCAUCUCUCCUUAAAACAUAUAGAAUAUUUUUUAAACUGGACGAGUCUGUUAAAGUUAGAAGAAAAGGCACAAAUGACAAAUUCUCCAUUACAUGCAUUAUGGACUGAAAGUGAAGAAAAACGAUCAAAACGAGGGGUGUGUGCUGCUAAUUUGAAAUUGAAAAAUGUUACAAAUUCGGGAGAUAGAUUUUUACAUGUCUUUGUUAGACAACUAACAAGCUCAGGUUCAUUAAAUGGAAGUAAAGCAGCAAGUGGACCCCAAGCGGGUGAAUUUUCGAUAGUGAGCAUAGAAAAUCGACCCUGGAUCGCAGCUGGAGUAGUUACUCUAUCAAAUAAAAAUGAAUUACAUAUACUUUUAGAAAGAGAUUUAAGUCGGCGUUUAAGCAAACAAACUCUGUUUCACGUGGAUACUUACGAAUCGAACGCAACUACAGUACAAAAUCUUACUAAUUUGGGAGUGCUUAUGGAAGACAGUGACCGAGCCUUAAAGCUUAGAAAAUUAAUAAUAGACAAGGAGCCGGCGUCGUUCGCUGCGAAGCUGCCGCGCGAGGUGGGGCGGCUGGGCGCGCGGCUCAUGCGCGCGCUCAACGUGCAGCAGCAGCGCGCCGUGCUGCGCGCGCUGGCCGCCGCGCGCCUGGCGCUGCUGCGCGGCCUGCCCGGCACCGGAAAAACGCAAACGAUCAGCGUGCUCAUCCAAAUGCUCGUAGCUCUUAAACAACGCGUCCUCGUCACCGCGCACACGCACUCCGCCGUCGAUAAUGUGUUAAGCAGGUUACCAGAAGCACUCAAAAUACUGCGUCUGGGCCCGUCCAGCCGCGUGGCGCCCGAGUUGGCGGCGCGCGGUGAGCACGUCCUGCUCCAGUCUUGCCACACCACAGAAAAGCUGGCAGCCUUCUACGAUUCUAUGGAAGUGGUUGGAGUGACUUGCCUUGGCGCCACGCACCCAAUGUUAUCCAAAACCAUGUUUGAUGUUUGCAUUGUCGAUGAAGCUACACAAGUAUUACAAUGCACAGUGCUAAGACCACUUUUCGCCGCUCACCGAUUUGUACUGGUUGGAGAUCCUGAACAGUUGCCGCCUGUUGUUAAAAGCAAAGCGGCUAGACGUUUAGGGAUGGAAGAAAGUCUCUUCCAUAGACUUAUGAACGAAGAAACGACGACCACUCUGCAGCUACAGUACCGCAUGAACCAACCGCUUGUAGAUGUUGCGAACAAGGUGGCAUAUAAUAAUUCAUUAAAAUGUGCUAACCCAGAAGUAGCCAAAGCGUGUUUAAACGUAGAUAUACAGAAAAUAUCGCUAAAAUAUGCGGAAUCUCCAUGGCUCAUUACCGCAUGUUCUCCAGAAUUUGAAAAUGCCGCAAUUUUUCUGAACACGAUCCUUAAAAGACAGUCUGCGAAUGAGAAAGUAUUAGCUAAUACAGAAGAAGCAUGUGUAGUUAUGACGUUAAUAGACACUUUAAAAGAGGGUGGCAUCCUUCCAUCCGACAUAGGUGUCAUAGCUCCAUAUCGUGAUCAAGUAUCGUUACUGCGUCGUAUGUUGGCUGGUAAAGAAGUUGAAGCCAGCACGGUGGACCAGUUCCAAGGGAGGGACAAGAGUGUCGUUAUAUACUCGUGUACCAGACGUGACGAAGACGGGCGGAAAGUUAAGGAAAGCGAAGUCCUUAACGAUCAAAGGCGUUUAGCAGUGAGCGUGACGCGAGCAAAGCACAAAUUCAUCAUGGUAGGCGAUCUUCGGGCUUUAAAAAAAUAUACACCUCUUCUACGGCUGAUCGAAGUAUGCAAAAAUGUUGAUAUAGACCACGACACGAUCGCACAACUAAAUAUGAAAUAUGGCAGUGGUUUAUUUUUUAAAUUUAUCAAGAUGGUGAAAGCAGUCGCAAUUAUCACUGUCAGCGACAGUUGUUUUAAAGAUAAUUCUAAAGACACAUCUGGACCUGCAAUAUUUAACUUUAUACAAGAUAAGUUUCCACAAGCCAAUAUUCAUACAAUAAUAGUGCCUGAUGAAAAAGAAAUUAUAGAACGAGAACUAAAAUAUUUCUGUGAUUCUAAUAUUGAUCUUAUAUUAACUACUGGGGGUACAGGCCUAAGUCCCAGAGAUGUGACUCCGGAAGCUACAAAAUCUGUAAUACAAAGAGAAGUCCCAGCAAUAACUACUGCCAUGACAAUCGAGAGUUUAAAAAAGACUCCGAUGGCCAUGCUUUCUCGAGCUGUAGCUGGUAUUAGAGAUAGAACCCUCAUUAUUAACUUUCCUGGCAGUGAAAAAGCAGUAAAUGAAUGUAUUCAGGUUGUAAAAUCUGUUUUGUCACAUGCCAUUUCAUUAAUUGGUAAUGAAUUAAAUGAAGUAAGGACUGUUCAUGAUAAAAUGCAAUCUGCAUCAGAACAUGUUUGUCCUCACAAAGUAUUCAGUAAAGUUGAUAUAUCAAAAGUUGCCUUAAGACCACGAGAAUCACCAUUUCCUAUGUUGGAAAUGUCAGAAGCGUUUAAUAUUAUUGAUGCUGUGAUGAUGAAAUGGAAUGAGUGUAUAGAAGUCAUUCCAAUAGAAGACUCUGUGGGUCGUGUUGUAGCUCAAGAUGUUAUAGCUAAAGAGCCAAUGCCUCCUUUUCCUGCAUCUGUUAAGGAUGGAUAUGCAUGUCUUAGUUUGGACGGAGCUGGUAUACGAAAAGUUCGCAGCGUUGUGACUGCGGGUGAUACCCCGUAUAUGCCUCUAACACCUGGCGAAUGUGCUAGAGUUAAUACUGGAGCCCCAUUACCAUUAGGAGCCGAUUGCGUGGUACAGGUAGAGGAUACUAAGUUAAUAAAAGCCUCAGCAGAUCACCAGACCGAGCUAGAAAUCGAAGUGCUCGUAGCGCCUCAGGCUCACCAAGACGUACGCCCCAUAGGGUUCGACAUUCCUCUUGGAUCUGUAUUGGCUGAAAAAGGUGAUGUUAUCGAUGCAGCACAAAUUGGAGUAUUAGCCGGUGCUGGUAUUCAGCGUAUUGCAGUCAGAGCAUAUCCUAAAGUUGCCAUCAUGUCAACUGGCAACGAACUACAAGAACGUUCAGAAGAAACGUUACGGCCUUCUCAUAUCAGAGACUCAAAUAGAAUUAUGCUCAAAUUAUUGCUUAGAGAGCACGGUUACGAGAGCGUGGAGUGCGGCAUCGCGCGCGACGAGCCCGCGGCGCUGGCGGCGGCGCUGGCGCAGGCGCUGCCGCGCGCCGACGUGCUCGUGUGCUCGGGCGGCGUGUCCAUGGGCGAGCGCGACCUGCUCAAGCCCGUGCUGCUCAAUGACUUCGGAGCUACAAUACAUUUCGGUCGCGUUCGCAUGAAACCUGGAAAACCUAGCACCUUUGCUACGUGCGAGUUUCAAGGAAAGACGAAGUUUAUAUUCGCUUUACCCGGCAACCCGGUGUCGGCGUACGUGUGCUGCCUGGUGUUCGUGGUGCGCGCGCUGCGCCAAAGCACGCGCCACGCCAGCGAGUUCGCGCGCGUGGGCGUGCGCCUCGCGCACGACGUGGCGCUGGACCCGCGCCCCGAGUACGCGCGCGCCGUGCUGCGCUUCCCGCGCGCCGACGACCUGCCGCAAGCCACGCUGCUCGGCAAUCAGUGCAGCAGCCGGCUGCUGAGCGCGUGCGGCGCCAGCGUGCUGCUGGAGCUGCCGGCGCGCGGCGUCGUUACGCGCCUCGCCGCCGGCACCGUCGUGUCCGCGCUCGUCACCGGCAGGAUCGAUCUCACUAGGCUU